CGGACCCGGGGCGGGCGGGCGCGCAGAGGAAGGAAGGGCCGCGAGGAGGCGGGGCCGGCGGCCGCUCGGGCGGGCGGUUCUCUCAACUUUAGUUUUGGCGUCGGCGGCGAGUUUCUGUCUCAGUCGGGCGCAGCCGCCGCCGGGGAAAAGAAAGGGAGGAAGGAAGCCCCCGGAGGAAGCCGGGCAGCGGGGGAGGGGAGCGGCCGCCCGCGGCCCCGCGUCCGUCGGGGGAGCGCCGCGCCCGAGCGCUCGCCGCCCCGCCCGAGGCGCAGCGGCCGGGGGACACCGCCGGGGGGGCGCGGGCGGGCCUCUGCGGCGCAGCCUCCCCCCCGGCCCCGGCCCCGCGGGCGCCCGCAGCUCGGACCCCGGGCGGAGCCGUCGUAGCCCGCGUCGUCGGGGAGCAUGGACCCCGGGCCGCCGCCGCAGCCGCCGCAGCCCCCGCCCGCCGCCGCGCAGGGCCAGGGGCCGCCGGCCGCGCCGCCCCCCUCGGGCCAGGGCCCCGCGCCGGCGCCCGGGCCGCCCGCGCCCCCGGGGUCGCAGGCGGCGCCGCAGGCCCCCCCGGCCGGCCACCAGAUCGUGCACGUCCGGGGGGACUCGGAGACCGACCUGGAGGCGCUCUUCAACGCCGUCAUGAACCCCAAGACGGCCAACGUGCCCCAGACCGUGCCCAUGAGGCUGCGGAAGCUGCCCGACUCCUUCUUCAAGCCGCCGGAGCCCAAGUCCCACUCCCGCCAGGCCAGUACUGAUGCAGGCACUGCAGGGGCCCUGACUCCACAACAUGUUCGAGCUCAUUCCUCGCCAGCUUCCCUGCAGCUGGGAGCCGUAUCCCCCGGGAGCCUGACGCCCACCGGAGUGGUCUCUGGCCCAGCAGCUGCACCCACCGCGCAGCACCUUCGACAGUCUUCUUUUGAGAUCCCUGAUGAUGUGCCUCUGCCGGCAGGCUGGGAAAUGGCAAAGACGUCUUCCGGUCAGAGGUACUUCUUAAAUCACAUCGAUCAGACGACAACGUGGCAGGACCCCAGGAAGGCCAUGCUGUCCCAGAUGAGUGUCACGGCGCCCACCAGCCCCCCAGUGCAGCAGAGUCUGAUGACCUCGGCCUCAGGUCCUCUUCCUGACGGAUGGGAGCAAGCCGUGACUCAGGAUGGAGAGAUAUACUAUAUAAACCAUAAGAACAAGACCACCUCUUGGCUAGACCCAAGGCUUGACCCUCGUUUUGGUAAAGCCAUGAACCAGAGAGUCAGCCAGAGUGCCCCGGUGAAGCAGCCCCCACCACUGGCCCCACAGAGCCCUCCGGGGGGCGUCCUGGGCAGCGGCGGCUCCAGCCAGCAGCAGCAGAUGCGCCUGCAGCAGCUGCAGAUGGAGAAGGAGCGGCUGCGCCUGAAACAGCAGGAGCUGCUCCGCCAGGUGAGACCCCAGGCAAUGCGGAAUAUCAAUCCCAGCACAGCAAAUUCUCCAAAAUGUCAGGAAUUAGCUCUUCGUAGCCAGUUACCGACACUGGAGCAGGAUGGUGGGACUCCAAACCCCGUGCCUUCCCCUGGGAUGUCUCAGGAACUGAGAACAAUGACCACCAGUGGCUCGGACCCCUUUCUGAACAGUGGCACCUACCAUUCGCGGGACGAGAGCACAGACAGUGGGCUGAGCAUGAGCAGCUACAGCGUCCCUCGGACCCCGGACGACUUCUUGAACAGCGUUGACGAGAUGGACACAGGUGACACUAUCAACCAAAGCACCCUGCCCUCCCAGCAGAACCGUUUCCCAGACUACCUAGAAGCCAUUCCGGGGACGAACGUGGACCUUGGCACGCUGGAGGGAGACGGGAUGAAUAUCGAGGGAGAGGAGUUGAUGCCGAGUCUGCAGGAAGCUCUGAGCUCUGACAUCCUCAAUGACAUGGAGUCCGUGUUGGCUGCCACCAAGCUCGAUAAAGAAAGCUUUCUUACAUGGUUGUAGGGCUCUCAGGUAGACUGAAUUCCCAAUCUGUGAAGGAUCUAAGGAGAAGUUUCCCAGUAAGCCAGUCGCAGUCUUCUGGCUAAUAGCGACAAAGAUGAACAGACGUCCCGCAAGAAGACUCUCUGACCCCCUGUUGUCCCUCCUUGUGCAUUGCUGCUGUUGACGUGUUGCUGGCCUCUUUCUCAGUUGGCUCUGAAGAAUCAAAACCUGUCUGCUUCUUUUACCGUUGUAACUACUGUCUGUUCUGGGGGCCGGGGGAGGUGAGCCUGUUCGGAUGAUGGAUGCCAUUCCUUUUGCCCAGUGAGGUGUUCCCGAUCGUUGUACUAAAUGCUCAGACUUGGAAGUGAACCGCUUCACGUCACAGCAUUGGCCUUGAUCAGGCAGUUGUUUCUUUGGCCGCCAAGCCGAAACUGUUGCAUCGAUGUUCCGUACUUCAUGCCGAUUGGAUGCGCAAGCGGAAACCAAGGCUGAAGACUGUUUUACUUUCAGUGGUUUUUUCCCCCUCCUAGUGCUAUCAUUAGUCACAUAGUGACCUUGGUUUUAUUUUAGGAGCUUCUAAGGCAGGAGACCGUUUCCAUAGAAAUAUUAAUUAUUGCCACAUACUCUAGGAUAGGUUUUGGUGGGUUUUCUUGUGGGUUUGUUGUUGUUUUGUUUUUGUUUUGUUUUGAUUGGUUGGGUUAUGUUUUUUUUGUUUUUUGUUUUUGUUUUAGUGUUUUUUUUUUUUUUUCCAGAACCUAAGACAAAUUACCAUAGUAGCCACUCCAUUUAUAGUUUAGCUUUGGGGCAGUUAUUGUAGUUCCUUCGGUAAAAUCUACAUUUCCUGAUUUUUUACCAUCUUAUUUAAAUCUUGAUUAUCCGCUCUCUCUCUAUAUAUACCCACACACACACACUUAUAAUGUUUAUAAUAGUGUGAUAGCAGAAUGUAUCUUUUUUUUAAGGUUUCCCUACUUUCCAAUUUAUUUUAAAACAGUAGUUUUGAAUGUAUGCAUUUAGAAUACGUGACUAGUAGUUUCUAUCCCACAGGUAGUGUAAAUCUGGUUGGGGCAGUCUGCAACAUUAGAGGUAGCUGAGUGUUCUAGAAAGGGCCGUUGUCACGGACAGUGUCUAGAGUACUGUAUGCUCUCUGGGCACACAGUACUGUCUGAUGAAUUUGGAAGAAGCAAACAAGAUAAGGCUUUAUUUUCCCCUUGACACUCCCUUGGACUAAUUUUGAGCCUCGAUGGGAAAUCACUAAGUAGGUUCACAAUGUACAUGACAGAAGUAAGCUUUACAUAGUGGGUUACCUUCCUUUAGCUUUGGAAAUUUACCGUGGCCCUAGUUUUGGAAGUAAAUUCUAGUCCUUUAGUUCUCAUUUGUAACAAACACAUUAAAGACUACAUUGAAAUAUUGCCUACAAGAUUGCUGUUACUUAAAAAACACUUGCUCCUACUUCUCUAUGCUGAGAAUUGACCCUGGACAGUAUAUAGGAUCCUGCCAAGGUUGUGAGUUAGCUGGUGAAGUGAUCAGAUUAAUAAAUGUAUAUCGGUAGUUGAAUUUAGCAAAGAAAUAGAGAUAAUCAUGAUUAUACUUUUAUUUUUACAGGAAGAGAUAUAACUAGAGUAUGUGUCUACAGGAGUAAUAAUAAUGGUUUCCAAAGAGUAUUUUUUAAAGGAACAAAAUGAGCAUGAAUCAACUCUUCAGUAUAAGCUAUGAAGGUAACAGUUGGUUGUGAAUUAUAGUGGCACCAGCUGGUACCUCUGUGAUUAAGGGUCUUUCAAUAUUUCUAGAAUAAGCCCUUAUUUUCAAGGGUUUAUAACAGACAUGAAAAUCUUUUUUCCUGGCUAAAACUGCUAUGGAAAGCCUCAGCUCGGGAGGAUAGAUUUUUUUUUUUUUAAUUACAAAAUCUAAGUGUUUUGACCCUUUAGUUGAGAGGACUGCAAAAGUUGGGAGUGAGAAAUUUAUAUUAAGUACUUUCAGUGCUCAAAAAAUGCAAUCACUGUGUUGUAUAUAAUGAUUCAUGGGUCGACCAUUCGUAAUUAUUGACUCUAAGGCUUUUUAUUAAGAAAACAGCAGGAACAGUAAAUCUUGAAUUAAGUCUGAGGGGAAAUGGCCACUGUGCAGAUUCAUUGAUUUUUUUUUUUUUUUUUGAGAGCAAUAAUGAAAUUCUACCUAGAAUGCAUAACUGAGUAUAUGGAUGAUCCAGCGUGGUGUUUUUUUUUUUUUUUUCUCACAUGCUGCAGAUCAGAGCUACUUGGAAGGAGCGCUUACAGUCUGCCAGUAAGCCACAGGUUAAGAUCGCAUCUUAAACAUCAACAGGGUAGCUUUAGACUAGGGGGCGGGUGGGAACGUGGGAGGGGUCGUGAGGACUUAGGGGGACCUUGAUAGAGAACCUGAUAAGCUCCUUUUUUUCCCUGUAAAGACUUGUCUUGCAUCUUGCUGUAAUUGAAGGCAGUUGUUCCCAAAAGUUCAGUCAGUUGAGUGUGUCCACAAAACGGGAAUACGGAGUUCGUGUCCCCGAGACUCUGGUUUGCCCGGUCACCCUGCACCGGGGUACCCGACCGCGCCCUCUGCACUCACCUGAAGGACACGUAGCAGUCCUUCCUCUUUCUGAAUUUGAAUCACAGCCUUGAUGUGGUCUUUCUUCUUCUGUGUCCUUGUUCCUAAUGUUAACGUGUUUAACUGCUUCUUGGUUGUAUUGGGUAGCAUCGGGAUAAGAUUUUAACUGGGUAUUCUUGAAUUGCUUUUACAAUAAACCAAUUUUAUAAUCUUUAAAUUUAUCACUUUUUACAUUUUGUGUUCUUUUCAGUUAGGGCUUCUUAGAUCUGCUUAUGUUGAUGGAGGACACUGAUUUGGAGUUUCAGAUUUUCCAAAGCACUACUUGUGGUCAUAACUAUUUUCUAAAUAUAGUGCCUUUUUUAGAAAAGGCAAAAAAAGAACAUUAAGGAAGUGACUUUUAUAUACAAAUAAUAUUGUUUUAAGUAUUCAUAUGAAAUAGAUGCAUCCUAUAGGGAGCUUGGCAGAAACACUGAAAAAUAACCGUAAUUAAUUGUAACUCAUAAUUCGUACCAGUCCGUGUUGAAACUCACAGUGCAGAGGUGGGAGGUGGUAUCCAGUGAUUAACAACUUCGUAGUUUUUGCACAUCUGAGAGAUGAGUGCUCAGAUGAAUUUUGUCUUCGGCAAGCAUAUUUUUAUAAGAAUUGUGGGUGUGCCUAUUUUAACAAUUGUUUUCUGUAUCAUGAAAAGUAUUCACAAUUUAAAUGUUUUAUAUUAGAGAACUCUUUAAUGCACACUUGUCAAAUUUAUAUAUAUAGUACCCAUAUUACCUUUUUAUUUUUUUGUUUUAGAUGUGAGAGCAUGCUCAUGUUAGGUACUUACAUAAAUUGUUACAUUAUUUUUUCUUAUGUAAUACCCUUUGGUUUGUUUAUGUGGCUCAAAUAUAUUCUUUCUUUAAACUCUU